CGACAUGUCGUUUCACCACAGGAACGAUUCAGAUCCCCCGCCUCUAAACACAGCACAGUCCGCCAGUCUUCAAUCUUCUUCGACCGAGAAAAAGAAUCGGAGGAGUCGUGUGAAGCAUCGCCAUCAAUGGUUAAGCGAAAGCGUCAACAACCUGUAGUAUUCAUCGACCUCGAGCACCCGAUUACAGGGCACAGUAACAGUGUUGAGUUAGAAGAACCAGAAAAUGUUAAAAAUUUGCAGCCUGUAUCCCCAUCCAUUUCAGGCAUGGGUCCUGUUCGUCGACGUAGGCAAUUGACAAAGAAGGUUGGUCGCAAUGGUGCAAUUCCUGUUCGAAAAAGAAAGCUCGACUCUAGAGCUUUUGAAUAUUGUUUUCAGAAUUUGUGGAGGAGCUCCCCAGAAGAGAAGAAGAUUCAGUUUACAUACCUUGACUGCUUAUGGUUUAACUUAUACUUGAAAGCAUCCCACAGACGAAAGGUCCUGAAAUGGAUCAAGGACAAAGAAAUAUUUUCAAAGAAAUAUGUCUUUGUUCCUAUUGUUUGCUGGAGCCACUGGAGCCUCUUGAUAUUUUGUCACUUUGAUGCGAGCCCUGAGUCAAAAAGGAGAAAACCAUGCAUGUUAUUGCUUGAUUCACUUCAGGAAGCAAAUCCAAGGCGGCUUGAACCAGAGAUUAGGAAAUUUGUGUUCGACAUUUUUAAAGAAGAUGGCAAAUGCAAAAACUUGAAUGUUAUUUGCAAAAUUCCUCUCAUGGUGCCGAAGGUGCCACAACAGAAAAAUGGUGACGAAUGUGGCAAAUUUGUUUUGUACUUCAUUCAUUUGUUUAUGGAGGCUGCUCCAGCAAAUUUUCGCAUCAAGGACUACCCUUACUUUAUGAAAGAGAAUUGGUUUACAGAAGAAGGUGUGUGCCAAUUUUACAAGACAUUCGGCCAUUCGGAUGAAGACGCAUGUCUUUAAUUUGUGCUAGACGCGUGGAAGUUCAUCAUUGGGAGGGUCAAGUUGUCAUCUAUUCCGUGAGAAGAAAUUGUAUAGCAAAGGUAGGUAAUUCCUGACAUAGUUUAGUGUGUUUUGAAUUGGAGGAUUUGUUGUGAAAUGAGCAGCAUUUGCUUGGCUCAUUCAGUAAAUUUAGAUCCAGUUUCAGGAUUAGAGUAAUACCUGACAAACUGAUUGGGUUUCCCAAUUCUAUUUUGAAUAUAUAUGUAAAUGCUUUUGUUCAUAUGGUAUUAGUUUCUAUACAGAACUCUACUCAAUGUAUGAAACAAUUUGAAUGAAACAUUUUUCACUGUCAAAUCUUGGUUUGGAGAA